GCCACCUUUUAAUUCACCUGGUCAAAUCUCUCUUAUGCUCUUGCUCUCUCUUUUUUUUUUUAAAAUGUGAGAUCAAAUCUUAUAGAGCAGAAUUAGAGAGUUAAAAGUUAGCAGUGGUUAACUCUCUGUGGCUUGCUCUGUGUUCUCCCUCCAACAUUCAGGGUAUGCAGCAGGUGUGGGUUAUUUUGCAGAUUAUAAGAAAAUGUAUUUGAAUUUUCAAAACAAAACAUUUUGGGAAAGCCUGCAUCUAAAAAGUGGCCUUGAGGACUGGGAUAUGGAGGAGGAGCUCAAGCUAACCACCACCACCGAUCAGUUUCCUCAAGCUGCAGAUGAAAAACAGAACCAUCACAUGCUGAAGUGGCAGUCUGAGCAACAGGUGCGCAGGAACUCACUCCCCAGGGAACCGUCCGAGACCCUCCCAUCCAUACGGCCUGAAUCUUAUAUGCAGCCCCAUUUGUGGAUGUGGAUGAACACCAGUCUGGUUUGCCCCAUUGCCAGCUGUCCCAGUGUGGACAUGCCAGGACCCAGUAGCCCAGCAUUCUCAGUAGCUGCUGCUCCAGGGUUUUCUCCUCCAAACCCUUCCUUGAAUUGCUCCAACCUUGACUGUUCCGAGGAGGAUCUGCUGUCGUCAUCCAGUGAGGCAGACAAGUUCACUGAGGAUGAAGAUGUCUCAUCGGUGGACAUCUCACUCUCUCAGAACAUGGAGACUCCCAAAUCUAAGGCUGCUCUGGCACCCCGGAAACCAAAGGUCCCCAGAUCUCAGAGCAAGAAGCUCAAGUACAUCCUGCAGGCGAGCACCAAACUCAAAGGGGGCUGGCCCCGGCCCCCCCUUAAUUACUGCAUCCUCAUCACCCUGGCCCUGCGUAACAGUGCAGAAGGCAGCCUGACUGUGCAGCAAAUCUACCAAUUCACACGGCAGCACUUUCCCUUUUUCCAGACAGCCCCAGAUGGCUGGAAAAACACCAUUCGUCACAAUCUGUGCUUCAGUAGCAGCUUUGAAAAAACCACCCACUUUGUGUGCAACGAGGGCAACCGCAAGUCCCGCCUGUGGAAGCUGACACUAGAAGGCUGCAGAAAGUUCCAGGAAGAGGUAUGGGCUCUAUCUGAGGAGGCCCUCGACUUAGUGAGCCAGAGCUUGAGCAAACCAGAACAGAUGCAAUCUUUGUUCAGUCUCUGAUCCCUGCUACCCCCGAGAUAAGGACCAUGUGGUUCCCAAGCAGCUUAUUUCCUCCUGAGCUACUACAGUCAGCUUCCAAGCAAUUGCAGAAGGGAGCCCUAGAUGUGAAUGGAAACUCUAGGAACUCAGACCUCUAAUCAGAGAGAGCUGGGUCAGACCUGCUGCCUCCUCUCCCCCACAACGGCUUGCUCUGGGCAGGCUGUGUCUCUCAAAUACUUUAAGAGGGAGCCUCAGCUAAAGGAUUUUCACUAGAGAGUAUGGGGUAGUAGGAAAAUCUGGUCCUCUUGACUUCUAUGUUUUCGCCCUUUCAGCAGUUUGAGUGGCUAUCCUUUCCAUGAUCCACUCGCUGCCGAUGGUCAGAGUUGGUUAUGUUUGAGGGAAGAUUACAGGAAGCUUUGGCAUAAUCUUGGGAAUCUCAAGGCCUUUACUCUAACAGCAAGUUCUCAGCUGCUUCUGUGCAAAAUGUUCUUUCCCCUGUACAAGAAGACUGGGGUAAAGUCUAUCUUUUAAAUUCCUUAUUCUCAUUCUGCACUUAAUGUUCUGUAAAGUAUGCUAAAGGUAAAAAGCACUAAGGGCAGCUGAACUAUUAAAAAAAUCCUAAACACCAUGAAACACGAAGCAAACAGUAAGAGCUAGAGCAGAGUUCAGACAUUCCACUGCAGCCACUUAAAGAUCCUAAAGACAUUGUCAUUUUAUUUUGCUGAAGUUCCAGCUGACUAGCCCCAGAGUGGUUUUUUUUUUUUUUUU